GUACACUCGCUUGAGCUGAACUCCGAUAUACGUCCUCGCAUUGCUGCAUCGAAAAGCGACAUCGAUACCAUAAGGCUUGCAAAGGUGUAGAAGCAGAGCUAUGGCUGUUGAGCAGCUGGAGGACUAUCGCUGAAGCUCGAUUCCGCUGUGCGUCCUUGCAUUGCUGUCUCGAAAAUCGACGUCCACAGCAUAGCCGAGCAGCCCAUGCGGAAAGAAGCAGAGGCGUGGCCGGCGAGCAUGAAGAAUUCUUCCACACCGAAGAACCUCGGCCGCCGGUACCUGGAUUGCUUCAUCGAGAACCGACCUCAAAUGAGUACUUCAGCCCUUAUGUACGGAGACAAACCGAUCGACGAUGAGCCGUAUGAGCUACCUGGCUCAUGAUCGGCUCCGUUAUGCCGAUCUGUUUUCCUACGUCGCAAAAUAAUCUCGAAUGCGUCCAUUAGUCCCUGGAAACGGAGGCAGACCACUUGGUGGUGAGCGGUCCAAACGAGCUCACUCGAGAUCAGCUCUGCUACGCUGACUUGUAUGGCUGUAUCGCAUAACGACCUCAACAUCAUGGUAUAAUACCAGAUCUCGAAGCGGAAACCAUCUUGUGAGCGGCAGAAAUGACUUCAUCCAAGAUCAGCUCUGCCAUCCUUGCCUGCGUUGCUAUAUUGCAAAACAUCCUCAGCAGCAUGGAAUAUUUCCAGUCCGGGAGCGGGAGUUCAUCU